CGUCAAACUUUCUUCCUUGAUGUUGGAUGCUAUUAGUUGAUACUCCUUUGCCCACGACCAUUUUUAGUUUUUCCUUGCCUCCUCUGUGUUGGGCUGUUGAUUUGACAGGCAACGCUUUGUCUCCUGACUUGGGCCUGAUCUGCCUCAAUUGCACUUCCACUAGCUGAUCGCAAGCUUGCAGUUGGAGCUCCAAGGUCAAGAUCCACUGCUUGCUGUAGACCUUUUCCAUCGCGUCGCAAGGCCAAUCUACUCCAAUAAGGCACGUCGCCCGUAGAAUCAAGCGGCGGAACGCCGUGUGUGCAUUUGCCUCAGCUUCAUACGUCAACUGCUACAAAGGAUCAAGCAUCGUAAUAAUGGCGUACAACGACGAUUCGGUGCUGGCGCGUCUGUCAGCAUUGAAUGAGAGCCAUGACAGCAUCGCAACGGCGGCCCAAUGGAUAAUGUUUCAUAGACGGCACGCAGAUCGCACGGUGGCGCUCUGGAUGCAGCGACUGAAAGAUUCAUCUAGCACGAAACGACUGAGCCUGGUUUACCUUGCGAACGAGGUUGCGCAGCAGUCGAGAAUCCGCCAUAAGGAGGACUUUAUCAUCGCCUUCUCUCCGGUUAUUACAGAAGCAGCCGCAGUGGCCUACAAAGGAGCGCCAGCUGAGAUUCAAGGCAAACUGCGACGUGUCAUUGACGUCUGGAAAGACAGAGCUAUUUUCGAGGCUCCGAUUCAGGCUGCUAUAGAGUCGCGUCUAAAUGAGUUGGAUAAAGCUCGCGGAUCUGUUAAGCCCGGUUUCGGAGGUUCCCCAUUUGGAUCAUCGGCUGCCCCCUCUGUGCCUUCAGAAUUCACGCCCCUUGUGUCUGCUCAUCAGACGGUCACCAAGCUAAGCGUGCCAUUAAAGACGACCAUUGCUUCAGCGAACCAAGAGUAUGAAAAGCAAGUCGAUCCUACAGUACCCGCCCCGUCAGCGCCUGUCUAUGCAGCUCGCCUCAAUGGGCUGCUCAAGACACUUGCGAGCGCUGAGAGUGCGGUAGCCGAGUGCGUCAAGGCUCGAGAGAGUUUAAUCUCGGGACUGGAAAAGAUGCUGGACUCAAACAGAGCGGCCUUGGAAAAUGAAAGGAAUGCAGCUUCCGAGCUGUCGGGCCGCAAACGAGAGAUUGAAGAUAAGAAGCAGCAGGUUGAGGUAGCUAUCAUGAGAGCACUCGGACCUGCGGAUAGCAACGGAGCGCAUACAGAAGGGGAAUCUGGUGGCCCUCCUGCCGAGCUUGACCGGCCAGAGAUGGAGGCUCUAACACCGCCAGGCAUGGACGAUGACUUUGAGGACAUUAGACCAGAGAGCAUCGACUAUGGCGAAGACGACGACAUCAAGCCCACUGAGGACGUCCCAGCAACUGAACCUUCCUCCGCCAAGGUCUCAACGUACACUCAGUCGCUCCCCAUAUCAACCAACGGGUCCAAUAAAAGACGACGAGUGGACAAUGACGACGACUUUCCCGAUCUCGGCAACGAUGGUGAGAUAGAUACCGAGGUGGCAGAGAUGUUGAAGGAAGGCGGUGACAUUUGAUUUGAUUGAGGAUUCUGUGCGGGGGGUGUCAGAUUGCUUCUUCGAGAUGGAAUCUGACUAUACGGAACAAGCUAUAUCCUGGCCUUUGGGUAGUAGUGGGUUGGCUUUCUACGGCGCAUGCUUCCAGUUGUAUUUUCAUCCUCAGCAUAGGAUUUGAGUUUGUUAGGGUUGUGUAUGGAAUGUACGAUGCAGGAUUUCUUCAAUACUGGGGACGUGACUAAAGGCAGUACACGGUUCAGUUCAAUUCAACGCAUCAUGUCUAGUCGUAGUACUUUGGUAUGUGCCUAAGAUUAGGUGUAAAUAUAAGAUAUAAGCACCUCAGUUCAG